AUGAAUUCCAUUAAAGAUGCGCUAAUAAGGUUGAGUCGUGUGGUUCGACAGCUUGAAAACGGCAUAGGAUCAAAGCCCAUUCAAUCGUAUAAAGCACCAAAGAAGAAACAUUCAUUAGUUAAGCCAUAUACAACAAUAGAAAUACGACGGCCUGAUAGAAACAUUCCUAACGUUAGUAGAUAUUCGUCAUUAGUUAGAAAUGACGCUAAUGAAAGAUUUAAAGCCUUUUUAAGACCAUUGGAAAUACCAAAUUUAAAGACUCUUGAAGAACACCUCCCUGACGUCCGAUAUGAUAAUGAGAAAGCUAGAAACAAUUGGUUAAUUAAUAAAGAUAAUUUGAGUGGAUUCCUUUAUAAUCGAGAUUCGUUUUCUAGGAUGGUUAAUUUGAUCCGAGACUUGUUACCCGAAGAGCUUACUGUUAAUAACAAGUCACCAGAAUACAUCAAGAGAAUUCUCCAAGUUGAUCAAUUUGAACGUCACCAAAAAUCAUUUGAUGAUAUUGGCCCAUCAACUAGUUUUAAUCCAAUACCCAGUAUGCCUUCACCGCUUACGCCGGAGUCUUUUCGUAAAUGGAUAUACCAAUUGACGCAUGUUAAAUAUUACUAUCAGAAUCUGUCAAGUUUAUGCAAUGGAAAAAUCGCAGAUAUUCUAUUGCAGACGCAUGAUUUGAACAAUGCCCAAUAUAAGAGGUUCCGGUCAGUAGAUACCUACAAUUAUCUUAUCAAGUGGUUUGGAUACGAUAAGAAUCAAAACUCGUUUGCCAGAGAAUUAAUACUAGUUAUGAAUAAAGAUGGCCAUCGAAUCAAUUUGGAUACCAUCAACCAAUUGUUAAAGAUUUGCACUACUCAUCUGCACAUUCGACAGCUUUCCAAUACCUAUGAUAACAUAUCGCAGAACCUAAUCUUGGCUAAGAAGCUUGGCCUUGGUUUAGAUUUGACUAGUUUGUAUCGGAUUUAUGAUUCCGUUUCAAGUAUUUAUUUAAAGGAACUAUAUCUUAAUCGGUUGACCGGCAUGGGGGUUCCUAUUCCGAGAGGCUUGAUCAUACGAAUAGUUCAAGACUUUGCUAAGACUACUAAGGUGACAUCGGAAUUAAUCACGUUUAUUGAGAACGACUUAAAUAUUCUUAAUUGGAAAGAGGAUUCUCAAAUCUAUAAUCAAGUGAUUAUGCAUCGAGCGAAUUACGAGCCGUUAGAUGUGGUUCUACAGGAUGUCAUGCAUAAUUACGAUGGAUAUACGGUGAAAUAUUUGAUGGAAUCUGUAGUUAACCGAAAGGGUGAUGAUUUACAAUUAUGGAAAAUAUACCAAGCUCUUCCACUUGAUACAGACAAGUAUUUGAGGGUGGUUAUUAUAUUCAAGUUUUUGGUGCAAAGAACCUUGGUAUCCAGCAAAUAUACUCAGAAGCAGAAAAUAUUUUUGGUACGAGGAAUAAUGCAUGAAAUGAUUAAGAGUGUUGAUAUGCCAUUGGAGGUCAAGGUUCAUGUUCCAUCGGGUUAUAACAGCUACGAAUACUAUAAGAUGUUUAAAAGGGUUGUGGGACGGAAUUAUAAGGGAGACCCUGGGUCUAUAACCCGAUUAGAAGCCUGUUCACGGUACUAUUAUGGAGUUAAUGUACUUUGUCGUUUGCUAAGUGAAGCAGAGCAACGGAAUUGGAAACUUUUUUUUACUGAUAAGGUUAUUAUUGACGACCACAUUGAUGAUAAGGGUUUGGUGGUGGCUCCUAAGAGAGAAGGCAUAGUACUGGAGAAAUAUAUUGCCCGGUACGAAGUUGAGCAAUGGAAUAAAAUUCAACUGAAUAGAGUUAGAGAUCAAUUAUUGAUGUUGCGAGAUGCAAACGAAGAAGAGGAAGAAUUAGUUCUGGCAGGUAUAGACUUGUAA